AUGGACAGCAGCCACUUUGACACAGGAUUCCACAACUUGGGAAUCGACGAGGACGAACUGCAUGAUGUGGAACCUACCCUGAUCUCGGAGGUUUCAAACGGAGUGGAAGAUGAAACUCGGUCCUCACCUGAGCCCGGAGAAGCAGCUGCAGCCGCAGCCGCAAACUACUUUGGCAAGGCCGGCUCCAACCUCCUGGACGACGAAAACCGCGAGAGCGACGAAAGCCGUGAGGCCGAUGAAAACCGUGAGGGCGGUGAAAACCGUGAGGGCGGUGAAAACCGUGAGAGCGAUGAAAACCGUGAGGCCGAUGAAAACCGUGAGGGCGGUGAAAACCGUGAGGGCGACGGCGGCGAUAUUGAGCCCCCGCCGCAGCAGGAGGAGCCGGCCCCCCUGGCCAUCCAGGGGCCCCAGAUUGCGGCGAGAAAGGCGCGCCGCUGCCGCACUGUUUUCACCCAGUUGCAGCUGCUGGAGCUGGAGCGAGUUUUCUACCACAUUCAAUACCCCGACGUGUUUGCACGAGAGGACAUUGCAAGACGUCUGAAUUUGGCUGAAAGAAGAGUGCAGGUUUGGUUUCAAAACCGAAGGGCCAAAUGGAGAAGAUACCAGAGGGCACUGAUGUUUAGAAAUGUGCACCCUAUUGCCUUCGGCCACCCUAUGGGGGUAAUCUUUAAUGGGCCCUAUCAUGUAUUCCCUGCUAGGCAGCCUGCAUGGAGAUACAUUCCUGCAGUGCCACGUCCAGGCCUGCCCCCUGUGCCCCCUGGGCUGCCCCCACCACUUGUGCUACCUCCACCUCUGCCACCCAGGCCAUGGAGGAUGCCGUUGCCAUACCCGGUACCUAUGCCUCACUUUGGUCUGGCCCCUGUAGGAGUGGCAUGGGCCCCUGUCAUCAAUGGUCAUUUUAUAGGCCCCUAUUUCUGA